AUGAGCUUUCCAUACGAUACACUGGAUCCUAAUCGACAACAAAUCCGACUGCUCUCCAUCCAUCCCUCCCCAAUCAAAUGUUAUCCAAUCCAUUGCUCCCUCCAUACCGUGUCACUCAAUGAUUCUCCAAAGUUCGAAGCUCUUUCAUACGUCUGGGGAACGGACUAUGCCACCGAGCAGAUAUUCCUCAAUGGUGUAACUUUUCACGUAACCCCGAACGUGGCUAAAGCUCUGCACCAACUUCGACGUAGAUUUGGGCGUCGGGAUAUAUGGGUCGAUGCUAUUUGCAUCAACCAAUGCGACAUUCGUGAGAAGAAUACCCAGGUACCUUUGAUGGCUACUAUAUACUCCACGGCGGCUCGCGUGGUAGUCAUGCUGGGAGAUGCCACCCCGGAGAUCGAGCUGGCGGUGGGAUGGGCAGAGAGAUAUGUGGAGAAGGAAUUUACCAAACGGGCAUUAUACUGGUGGUGGCUCGAUUUAGCGAGCAAAUAUUCUCACAAGGCUAGAGUGAAGAUGAUUUAUGCGGACUGCAAUACCUUACAGGGCAUGAUCCAGAUUAUGACGAGGCCUUACUGGUUUCGAAUGUGGACGUAUCAGGAAUAUCUUCUGCCCAAGAGUCAGCCACAUACUGUCUGUGGUAAUUUAAGUUUUAAGACCUCGAUAAUGUUAGCGGAGCUUGGAAAAGACUGGAAGUGGACACGCGGAGUCGACAGGCUCCCGAGAGAUAACAAUAUACCGGCUGAUGAGCUGGAAUCUCUGGAAGGUUUAUGGAGGAAGGCCCGCGAGGAAUUCAGGGAAACUUGCAAUUACUACGGAGUCUCCUCUAUUAGAGAACCUGGGGUGUUUGAAGGUCGAAGAAAUCCGGGACAUCAUUUCAUGAGAACAAAGCAUCGGAAAUGUCAAAAUCCUAGAGACAGAAUUUAUGGUCUCUAUGGUGUCAUGCCGGACCUCCAGAAGGCUUUCCCUCCAGAUUAUCAAAAGCCAUUUGAGCAGAUUGCGCUGGAGACGACGAUCUGGAUGAUAGAGCAAGAGGGGACUGAGUUUCUCAUGCUGGCUCCUAUCGCUGGACCCAAUGCAAGGGAGCUCCCUUCCUGGGUGCAGGAUUAUCGCCCAGGCCCCGCACGAUUCAUAGCGUCUUACAGGUAUUUUCCUCUAACAGAGGCUCCAAGGUACAUAAUACAUGGGCCAUCCGAAGAUGAAUCAGAGCAAACAAGAACUAAGGUAUCUGAUAAUGGAUCAAUCUUACACCUCCCUGCUCAGCGGUUCGGUCAAUGCUAUGCCGUGUUGCAAUUUUCAACAAACCCACGCACAGUUCGAAAUCAGCUUAUUGGGGUUUUCCGGAUGAUAAAGAAGCGGUGGAGCGAUCACCAUGAUAGGCGUAACAUGCAAAAGCACCUUCUCGGCAUAUGGGGUGCUUUUCACAAUAUCUCGCAAGACCACAUCGACGAUGGGAUACAUAGUUUGCUGGAGAUAGCGGAGUUAGAUCCAGCGGUCGUCACCGAGGGGAACAUGGGGGAGAGAGAGGUUGACACGGAACCUCUUAUUGAACAGUGCCAGAAUAUUGGAGGCCACAGGCUGUUUUUGGCGUAUGUAUCCUUUCGCUACAUCUUUGGUGUCAGUCCAGGAGCAGUGGAAGAUGAUGACAUUCUCACUAUUCCGCAUCUCUUGAACAGCGCGGUCAUACUUCGCAUUGAUGACACUGUGGCCAACAAGGGCGAUAAACCGUACUAUAAAAUAGUUGGCCAGGCCAUCAUGAGCACAUCAUACUUCCGAACCAUUUCUGGAAAUCUCGAACAAAACCCUGUAGAGGAGUUUCUUGUGAUUUGA